GGGGGCUAGGGAGCAGGAUCACAGGGAUACGGAGCCUAGGAGGCUGGGUCACAGGGGUACGGAGGCUGAGAGGCUGGGGAACUGAGUGGGCGAUGGUGACGAGAGGCUGGUGGGGUGCCUUAUCAUCCCAGAGAAUCACAUAUGUGAUCACAGAAGGCUCAUCAUAGAAUUCAACGUGCAAUGGAUAAAACAAUAACCGUGUACUUAUUAAAAGUCGUUGUGCUCAAAGCAAAUCACAGGGAAUUUUACUAACCUUUUGUCUGGGAUUACUAGUUAUAGCGCUACGAAUAGUCUUUGCUGUUAAUGGUGCUCCCCUGCUGAAGGUAUGACAGCAGGAUCCAUUGCAGUGCCACACAUCAUCCCACUUAGGGUCUCCCAGCAAGGCAAAGCCAAGCAUGAAAUCGAUACCAACACUCUCAUCGGAAUCAAGUCAGACACUCAUGAUGUGGAUGUAUACUACACCGUGAAUGGCAGCAGACCUCAACCCCAGAAGAAACCAAGCCACGGGGACAGCUCCACCUUCAAGUACAGGAAACCAUUCACCUUGCCCGCAGGCAAACAGACUGUUAAAGCUUUGGCUGUCUCUAGAGAUGGCCGAGAGAGUGGUGUUGUGACUAAGGUGUUUCUUGUGGAGUAUGUGCAGCCCAGCUCAGUAGAAGUGCUGGAGGAUGAUGAAGAGAAUUUCCUCCAAGAUUAUAAAAAGGAGCUUUCCAGACAGGAAACUCUGGAGAAGUUGUCAUUUCCGUCAGUGGAAUAUUUAAACAAGGAAAGCAGCCUUGCCUGGGAGGAAGCAAUUCAAAAGAGUCAAGAACUGAAGAUAGAUGGCAGCAAUCAUCACAAAUCAUUUAAGAGCCCACGAUUCCUGAACAGUCGUCUAGGAGCCCAGGUCUCUGAAUGUGAGCCUCAGUCACACAGAUUGCAGCUGACUGCUUCUAUGGACUCACAUCCUCCCAAGAUGCCGAGCGGUGCACAAGCCAAGAGGGUCCUGAUGGAGACUGAUUUUCUGAAGUGUGUGUCUUGCUUUGCUCCUCGCCCAUCAGAUCCCUUUGCACGUUUCUGUCAGGAGUGUGGCUCCCCUGUUCCUCCGGUGCCAGGCCGCAGGCUUCUGCCUCCCGAAGGAGCUCAGAUGGGGCUCUGCGUUGAAUGCAAGACAAUGAUCCCAUUGAAUACUCCAACGUGCAUUGUGUGUGAGGCUCCUGUAACACCUCAGCUAGUGCCUCAGGCCAGCAUCCGCCUCCAGGGCAAGAUUAUCUGUCGAUCUUGUGGAACGGGAAAUCCAGCCAAUAUACAGCACUGUGUAACCUGUGAAACCAAGCUGUCGGAAUCUCCUAAGCCAUUUCUUAGUGGAGAUUAUGCUGUACCAUUACCAAGUCAAGAAGGCAAGUUAUUAUCUUGUUCCAAAUGCAGUCGGGUUAACAAUACUGAUGCUCGAUUCUGUGACUGGUGUGGAGCCAAGCCUGCUCCUGCUAUGAGUUACCUCGGGUGUUCCAAAUGUGGUGCAACUAACCAUGCAUAUGCUCGUUUCUGUUCAUCCUGUGGCGUUUACCUGGAGCCACCCCCACGGAUGGAUUCACGCAGCAGCACGCUCUUUAGUUCUGGCCUAUCUGUGCCUCCAGCUGAGACCACAGACGUGCGUGCUUCUGCAACCUGGCAACCUUUGACCAUCCCAUUGCCACAGUUCAGGCUUGGAUCUAAUAAGGAGGAUCAGGCGACCCAGACAGUGGGCCUUUUUUACCCAUCCUGCAAGAUGAUGGAGAAGAAGGAAAUGGAGAUCACCUCUCAACAAGAAAAGCAGCAGAAGGUGACCAGUCAACGACCCCCUUUAACCGCUGUCAGUCCUGGAAGAGGCUAUUGGAGAAUGCAGUUGGAUCACAUCUGUGCACAUCUGCGCAGUUAUGCACAUAACAACACUGAAUUUCGAGCUCUUAUUGGAGAACCUCAAAUGGGAAAAAUCACAUCAGCUACAGUCCAUGAAGAUGGUUAUGAGCUCAGCCUCCAACUGAACUUUGUCCUUGCAGGGAAUAAGAACCUACUAACUAGAAACUCGGCAAAGAUUUCAGAGAGCAACUACCUUAGCAGCGAAACUGAGGGGAGAGACCUGCUGUACGGCAGUCUGACUAGUCUGGGUAGUGAGCAUCAGUCAGACAGAGCAGACACCUCCAAGAAGCCGAAAAAAUCGCGGAGGAAAAAAGAAGUGUUGGUGAAAGAAGACAGGCUGCCAACAGAAGACCAGCUGCUGCUGAAGGAAGUGGGACCGACUGGUCUGGGGAGGAUCGCAGUAGUACAGCAGUUACUCGAUGAAGGAGCAGAGCCGAACUGCAGCAAUAGUGAUGAAAGGCCAGUGUUAACCGUGGCUGUUUUAAACCAAUAUCAUGAGGUGAUACCGGUGCUGGUGCAGAAGGGAGCAGAUAUUAACCAGCAGUCCGGCCGCUUGAACAAUACAGCCCUCCACGAGGCUGCAGGAAUGGGAGCUCAGGGAGUGAAAUGUGCAGCUGUUUUACUUAGCUGUAAUGCAAAUAUAAAGAAGAAAAAUGGUAAAGGUUUAACAGCAUACGACUUGGCUGCUAAGACUGGCAGUGACCAACUAACAUCGCUGUUUGCUGCAAAAAUGGGACAGGGCAUGUUAGCCAAGUUUACCAAGACCAAACAUGUAAACCUGGAUGUCUUCUAAUGAUCUCAAGAUGCAAAUACAUUCAGCACUCAAGGCUUCUGAAGCAUAAUCUGCAAUUUUCAAGCAAGCUCUCAUUUGAGAAUGUUAGCUGUGUAUUUCUGAAAGUUCUUGUUGCAUAUCUGAGAAGACUCAGUAUUCUUUUCCAUUCUGAAAUGAGCUGAUGGUAUAGAUUUGGUUUAUGUCAAAAACCUUUGGUUUCCAGUUUUAAUCAUGUAAUAACAAGAGUUAACUGUCAAGUGGUUUGAGAAAAUUUAAAUGUAAAGCCAAGGGUUGCACUACUUUGUUCUUUUCUGGCAAUUUAUGAUGUGGAACUGACUCAAAUCAAUGUGGUUUAAUUAAAAAUCAAAACUAUUUACUGGGUUUGUUUCUUUGUAUAGAAGUGUUUUCAAAAUAAAAAUACAAUAAUAAUUUGCAAUGAUGAUUGAUCCAUCUCCCUACAAAAUAAGUACAUGUGAAAUUUAUCAGCUGCCACAGAAUACUAAAUUGCCCCAAAUUACAGUCACUCACAGAUUGACAAAAAUCACUGGCAGCAGAGCCAGGGGUGCUUAAAGGGUUCCUCACUUCUGAAAUGUUCGUGGGCACAUUUGACAGGGCCCAGAGAAGGUUCACAAGAAUGAUCCCAGGAACGAAAAUGUUACUGUACGAGGAGCUCCAGGCCUGUAGUCACUAGUUUAAAAGAAUGAGGGGCAAUCUCAUUGAAAGGCCUAGGUAGAGUGAACGUAGUGGGUGAAUUUAGGACCAGUGGGCACAGUCUGUGAAUACAAGGAGAUCCCUUCAGAAUAGAGAUGACAAGAAAUUUCUUCAGCCAUUGGGUGGUAAACUGUGGAUUUCACUACCAAAGACGUCUGCAGAGGCCAAGUCACAGGGUAUAUUUAAAGUGGAGGUUCAUAAUUUGCAAGAGCAUCGAAGAAUACAGGGAAAAGGCAGGAGAAUGGGAUUGAGAUUUAUCAUAAAU